CACGUGAAUUGCUGAUAUCGCUACGGGUUUCGUGGUGUUAGAUCAGGCUGCGUCCAUCGGUCGUCCUGUGAAAAUGUCGUACCCAGCAACGUUGAACGCCCGAGCGGCGAAUAAAGAGCACGUUUUAGCUGUUUCAAGAGACUUUAUUUCGCAUCCUCGACUUACUUACAAAACGGUAUCUGGUGUAAACGGUCCUUUGGUUAUUUUGGAUGAUGUUAAAUUUCCGAAAUAUGCCGAAAUCGUACAACUUCGAUUGUCGGAUGGAACUUUACGUUCUGGACAAGUUUUGGAAGUCAGUGGAUCGAAAGCUGUUGUACAAGUAUUUGAAGGCACUUCUGGUAUUGACGCAAAAAACACUCUGUGUGAAUUUACCGGUGAUAUUUUGAGAACUCCCGUAUCGGAAGAUAUGUUAGGUCGUGUUUUUAACGGAUCAGGAAAACCAAUCGAUAAAGGUCCUCCAAUUUUGGCUGAAGAUCAUUUGGAUAUUCAAGGUCAACCUAUUAAUCCAUGGUCUCGUAUUUAUCCUGAAGAAAUGAUUCAAACUGGUAUCAGUGCUAUUGAUGUGAUGAAUUCGAUUGCUAGAGGUCAGAAAAUUCCAAUUUUCUCCGCUGCUGGUUUACCUCACAAUGAAAUUGCUGCGCAAAUUUGUCGUCAAGCUGGUUUGGUUAAAAUCCCUGGCAAGUCUGUGCUUGAUGAUCACGAAGAUAACUUCGCCAUUGUAUUUGCUGCUAUGGGUGUUAACAUGGAGACAGCUCGCUUUUUCAAACAAGAUUUCGAAGAGAAUGGUUCUAUGGAGAACGUAUGUCUUUUCUUGAAUUUAGCCAACGAUCCAACCAUCGAAAGAAUUAUUACUCCACGCUUAGCGUUAACUGCAGCUGAAUUUUUAGCUUAUCAGUGUGAAAAGCACGUAUUGGUUAUUUUAACUGAUAUGUCUUCGUAUGCUGAAGCUUUGCGUGAAGUAUCCGCCGCCAGAGAGGAAGUCCCUGGUCGUCGUGGUUUCCCAGGUUACAUGUACACCGAUUUAGCUACAAUUUAUGAACGUGCCGGAAGAGUUGAAGGAAGAAAUGGAUCAAUUACUCAAAUUCCAAUUCUUACUAUGCCUAACGAUGACAUUACUCACCCUAUUCCUGAUUUAACAGGUUAUAUUACAGAGGGACAAAUUUACGUUGAUCGUCAGUUACAUAACAGACAAAUUUAUCCACCCGUAAACGUACUUCCAUCUCUAUCACGUUUGAUGAAAUCUGCUAUUGGUGAAGGCAUGACCAGGAAAGAUCACUCUGAUGUGUCCAAUCAAUUGUAUGCUUGUUACGCUAUUGGUAAAGAUGUACAAGCCAUGAAAGCUGUAGUUGGUGAAGAAGCUUUAACACCAGACGAUUUACUUUAUUUGGAAUUUUUAUCCAAAUUUGAAAAGAAUUUUAUUACACAAGGUAAUUAUGAGAAUCGUACGGUAUUCGAAUCUUUGGAUAUUGGAUGGCAAUUAUUACGUAUUUUCCCGAAAGAAAUGUUGAAGCGUAUUCCCGCAUCGAUUUUGGCGGAAUUUUACCCGAGAGAUUCUCGUCAUUAGUUACCAUUUAUCCGUGCCCAAUAAAUAGUAAUAUAUUUGUGUAUAUUGUUCCCAAAAAAAAAUUUAAAGAAAGGUUCAAGUUGUUGCUGUUAAGGUUUAGGAAAAAAAAUGCAUUUUUAUUUCUUUUUUCUUUUUUGAAUGUAAAUUUUUAAUUUUCAAUGUAUAAACAUUACGAUAGCUUGUUAAAGAAAAAUAUUAGAAGAGUUUUUAACACCCAAGGACAAUAUAAAGUAUAUAAAUAUUGUAUAAAUUUCAUAUGAAACCGAAAAAGAAAAGAAAUGAAAAAGCUGCACUACAGAGUAUGUACGUUAUUUCACUGUAAAUCAUCCAGUAUUGUAUAAAGAAAAUAGUGGUACUUUUUUAAUAAGUCCCAAUAAAAAAAAGGAAAGAUGUUAGAUGAACAUUCCAAAUGGCGUAGUUAAGAAUUUAUUACUUAUACGUACACUACUGUAUAAAGCAAUAUAUUAUUGGCCAAUUCGUCGUUUUAUCCAGUAUUUUAUUUUGUCUUUAUUCCUUGUAAUUAGCACUUUUAAUUGAUUUAUUAAUUCUUUUUUUCGUAAUACGAAAAAAAAACAUUCAUUUUUGAUGUUGUUUAGAAAAGCCUAUUAUUAGUACAAUUGUAGUGUAAUAAAAAGUAAUUGUGAAUAAAAGAUGUAUGUAAAAAUUAAAA